AUGACAAACGUGGCAAACCAGCUCAAGAAAAUCCACAUGCACGACGCCACCAUCUCGACUGCCCCUGGGCGUUCCACCAAGGACCUGACCGAGGCCGAUAACCUUAUCCGCACGUUACACACCUAUGCCGAGUCUAAGAUAAAGGGCGCCAAGCGUGGACGCAACCUUGUCUAUGACAACCACUAUGAACUCGACCUCCUCCAUGAGCGACCCCCUAUGAAGGUUGCCUCCACCAACACUCCUACCAGUUCUACGACCACACCUACAACAACAACUACUACGACUGCGACUGUGACCUCCGAGAAGAAGGAUAAGAGCCAUAUCCUGGAUGUCACGUCAUGGAAGAUGAAUGAGUUUGAGUACUCGAGUGGCGCGCUCCCUACACUCUCUCGUGGGCUGUUUACGUACCUCGAUACUACUGGACUCCCCAAGGCACCCGUUACCUCCCCUUCCACCACUACCUCGACCUCGAACUCGACCGCGACCUCGACUUCGCCUCCCUUGCCCAAGAACCGUCGCAGAAACUGGGAGCAGGCCGCUCAGUCGAAUGAUACCCCCAAGUUGGCAGAGGGGGAUGCCACCCUACCUGUACUGACAGGAUCAGAUGCUCUCGGCGUGUACCGCAUCCUGCUCCGCGGAUACGACAAGUUUUUCAACGUGGGUGAAGUUCCCAAGACCUCACCCGAGUGGAUCGCAAAGAUGACAGAGGGACCCUACGAAGUGACGCUCAAGGAGAACGGAUGUAUUAUCUUUAUGUCGGGAUUGCCUCCUCACCUGGCGGGGUCUAAGGGUGGGUGUAUUGUUACCAGCAAGCAUUCUUUGGGACACGCGGACCCCGAGACUGGGAAGAUGACGGAGGUCACGCAUGCUGGCAAGGGACGUGAGUGGCUCGAGAGAGGGCUUGCGGUCCAGGGGAAGACUGUUGAGCAGUUUGGACGAUGGCUUUGGGAUCAUAAUCUAACCGCCGUUGCGGAGCUGUGCGAUGAUAGCUUUGAGGAGCAUGUUUUGGAGUACCCUAUUGAAAAGUCAGGAUUGUACCUUCACGGAUUGAACCGCAAUACGGUCGAUUUCCAGACUUUGCCCAGCAACAAGGUCCAGGAGUUUGCCAAGGAGUGGGGUCUGAGACUGACCGAGUACGUGACCUUCAACACCCACCAGGAAGUCAUGGACUUUGCUGACGAGGUCAGGAAUGCAGGAGAGUACGACAACCGUGCGGUUGAGGGAUUUGUCGUUCGUUCCAAGGUCAAGAAGGACGGAACAACACACUUUUUCAAGAUCAAGUACGAUGAGCCCUACCUCAUGUAUCGCGAGUGGCGUGAGAUCACCAAGCGUCUGUGGGCUAUUGAGGCCAAGGAGGCGACCGAGGCUGCCAAGGUUGAGGCCAAGCGCGCUGCAGAGCAGACGAGAGCUGCUACCAGGGAGCGCAAUACGCCCAAGAAGAUCGUGUCAGAGCUCAAGGAGGUUGCGCCCGUCGAUGAGUUAAAGAUCAGGAUGCGGUACCCUCUCACCAAGCACUAUGUCGAGUUUGUCAAGAACCUGAUCAAGACCCAGCCUGCUCUCUUUGUUGGGUACAACAAGAACCAGGGCAUCAUUGCUAUCCGAGACAUGUUUCUGAAGUACUGGGAGUCCAAGUCGGUGCAGGAGCAGGACAAGCUGAUCACGGGUGCUAUUUCAGGAUCGGCCUCGAGUGCAUCCAGGGAGGAUGAUUUCCAGCGGACGGUUAUUAUCCCCAUUGCGACCAUUGGAUGCGGAAAGACGACCGUCAGCGUUGCUCUCUCGAAGCUGUUCGGGUGGGGUCAUGUCAGCAGCGACGACUUUCACCACUACCGCAAGACCUCGGGACAGCAGUUCAUGAAGGCGGUCGUGGGGACACUCAAAGACCACAUGGUUGUCAUUGCGGAUCGGAACAACCACGAGUUUUUGCAUCGUCAGAGGAUCAUGGAGUCUGUCAAAGCUAUCUACCCCAAAACGCGAUUCGUUGCUCUCUACUGGUCGCACGAGGAGAUGCCCAUCAGCACUGUCCGCGACAUUGAGAUUGAGCGUGUCAAGAGCCGUGGCGCAAACCAUCAGAGCAUGACCCCCGAGUUCUGUCCCGAAUACGAGUUUAUCAUCCAGCGUUUCCUCAGGACGUUUGAGCCUCUGAACCCCAUGAUCGCACCAGAUUCUGGAUUCAGCUAUGUGAUUGAGAAUACGCCUGGCGAGGAGUCGUUGGCGAUUGUUGAGCGUGUUAUCAAGGAGUUUGCGAUCCCUACGCUCGGUGCUGGUGGUGUUGGGAACCACGCGAUUCCUAAGCCUGAGGAGGUCAAGGAGGCUGUUCGGUACUCUCUCGAGGAUUGGAAGCCUCAUCGCGUCGUCAGUGGUGAGGCUGCCAAGUUCCACAAGGAGCAGGCGGUGAAGCAAGUUGCGAAGGGCAUGCCGCCCUCCUCGCUGGUAGGGGCCGUUACUUCCACCAACGACAAGAAUGGUGGCUCCCUUACUGCCCCUGCUGCUCCUAUCAUCACGCCGACUGGAAGAGCCAAGAAAAUCAAGGAGCCGAACUACUUUGCGGUCAGCAUCGACUCGGGAGCGGUCCUCAAGUUUUUGACUGAGCAGUUUGAGGCCAGGGGUCUUUCAGGACAAGGACCCAGCGAGAACGUUCAAUCUACCACAUUGUCAACUUCAACAUCAUCUGCCGAUAUGGAAUCGUGGGAGCAGUUGUAUGAGAUGUUCAAGAGAUGGCAAGAGACGAACCGAGUAGGGCUACGACAGCAUGUUACCUUGGUCCAUACGACGGCACGCAAGGAUACUUCGCCCAAGCGAUCGCAGCGUGCUCAGGAACUCUGGAAGAUGUAUUCGGAUGAGUUGGGAUUGGAGGCCAAGACUCCCGGAUCAACUACGCCCAACUCGCCUGUCGCCACGCCUCCUUCGACACCGACACCGACACCGGAUGAUGGAUUUACCAAGGUUGGCAAGGGAACCCGGAGUGGGCGUCGAAAGGGAUCCGCCCCCGCCGUGUCUCCUGUUACUCCUACUGCUGCACCUGCCACUCCUACUACCGCUGGCGCCAUUGUGCCUCCGCCGCCCGUUUCCCAGAUGCCCGAUUACCCACUGUCAUUAGCGUCAUUGUCGAUCUCCGAUGUAGAUCUGGACGCAACUUGCACCGCAGACUACAUCGUGUGGACAGAGCGAAUCAUAGUCCUCCGUGUCAUCAAGGCCACCCGCUCAAAGUCCGGCCAGCCCUUCGAGCAUACCCAGUUCAUGCUCCAUGCGACGGUUGGGACUGCGGGCGAUCUCGUCAAGCCUUUCGAGUCGAAUGAGGUCUUGCGGCGGUGGAGUGCCUCUGGUCGGUCGGCGGCAAACAAGGAGGGUGCAGGUGGAAUCAAGGAGGGGCCGGAUAUCUUUGCGAUCAAAUUGGGGACGCCUGUUAUCUUGGCUGGGUUCUUGCGGGCCAUGUGGUUCUAG